AUGCCAGAAAUGAAUGGAGACAAUCUUUUUACCUUUAAAUUUGUCAACAAUGACAAAGAGGAGUAUUUCAUAAAAAAUGUAACAGAUGACAAGCUGAUAUCUGUUAGCCUUUUGGACAUUACUGGACAGGAAAAGCAACUCAUCUGGGUUGAAAGUUCACAAGAUUGGGUGACGGUCUUCACCCAGCCUAAAGAUCAAUGUGAUGUCUAUGCUACAUGUGGACCAUUCACAAUCUGCAACAGCAACACAGCCCAAGUGUGUGAUUGCUUGAAGGGCUUCUCAAUAAGGUCACCUAAGGAUUGGAAGAUAGAGGACCGAUCUGGCGGGUGCAUAAGAAAGGUGCCACUGGACUGCGGUGCCAGGAAUCAAAGCAGAAAUGCAACAACUGACAAGUUCUACCCCAUGACAAAAGUCAAACUGCCUGCAAUGCCCAUAGUUAUAGAAGCUGUUGGGAGCAUAGACCAUUGUGCACAAGCUUGCCUAGAUAAUUGCUCUUGCAUUGCAUAUUCCUACAGCGACAGAUGCUCCCUCUGGUAUGAUGACUUGCUUAACAUCAAACAAGGCGAUAUUGGAACUACUAGAAAUGAAGAGGUUCUCUACUUACGCAUCUCUGCCAAGGAUGCAGAAAGUUGGAGAAAUACAAAGAGAGGGAAGGGGGUUAUUUGGGCUACUUCUGCUGCAAGUGUCGUUGCUUUGCUUUUGUUGGCAGUUGUCAUGUGGUUUCUGCUAAUAUGGAGGAGCAAGAGAAAGCACACUACCGGCAUGUACAAUAAUGCACAAGGUGGCAAUGGAAUUGUAGCUUUCAGAUACAUUGAUCUGCAACAUGCAACCAAAAAUUUCUCAGAGAAGCUAGGGGGAGGGAGCUUUGGAUCUGUAUUCAAGGGGUUACUAACUGACUCUACAGCUAUUGCGGUGAAAAGGCUUGAUGGUGUCCGUCAGGGAGAGAAGGAAUUCAGAGCCGAAGUGAGUUCAAUUGGAAUCAUCCAACACAUCAAUUUGGUUAAACUAAUUGGCUUUUGCUGCAAGGGCAGUAUGAGACUGCUUGUGUAUGAAUACAUGCCAAAUCUUUCCCCCGAUGCACAUCUCUUCCGCAGCAAUACAGAGUUACUAAGCUGGAGUGUCCGUUACCAAAUAGCCCUUGGAAUUGCAAGAGGAUUAGCAUACUUGCAUGAUAGUUGCAGGGAUCGUAUCAUACACUGUGAUAUCAAGCCACAGAAUAUACUUCUUGACACCUCAUUUGUACCUAAAGUUGCAUACUUUGGUAUGGCCAAAUUUCUAGGGAGGGAUUUUAGCAGAGUUUUGACUACAUUUAGAGGAACUAUAGGCUAUCUUGCACCUGAAUGGAUCAGUGGAGUGGCCAUUACACCAAAAGUGGAUGUCUACAGCUACGGUAUGAUGUUGCUUGAAAUAGUAUCAGGUCGGAGCAACAAUACAUGUAAGGAGAAUAGCAGCACUGGUGAUCAUUCGGCUUAUUUCCCGGUUCAAGUUGCAAGGAAACUUCUCGAGGGAGACGUUGCGAGCUUGCUGGAUGACAGGUUACAUGGUGAUGUUAACUUGGAUGAAGCUGAGAGGGUCUGCAAGGUGGCCUGCUGGUGUAUCCAAGAUGGCGAAUCCAAUCGACUGACCAUGGGUGAAGUGGUUCAAAUCCUUGAGGGUUGA